AUGAGCAGUGAGCUAUAUAUUGGGCUUGAACUUCUCAAAUUUGCCCAAAAGUCGACAGCUAUUUUCCUAACUCAGUUGAAAAUGCAGUCAGAGAAAGCAAGCGACGUUACUCUGGUACUAAAAGAUGGCAAAGAGAUUAGGGUGAAUGGGAACGAACUUUCAGCAGCGAGUGAUUUCUUUUUCACGCUUCAAAACACCGACAUGAAGGAGAGAAGGGAAGGAAUUAUUCGCUUACAACAUAUUAGCGAGAAUGUUAUGAGAGAUGUGCUGGAAUUUAGUCGCUCUGGGACUGUACUCAUAACGUAUAAGAACGCUCAACAUGCUCUAGAUCUUUUCGAGGCAGCAGAUUAUUUUCUUAUUCCAGGCUUGAAAAGGGUGGCUGUGGGAUCCUUAAGACGGAUAUUACAACCUUCAAACUGCAUUUCAAUUUAUUAUUUUGCGAAAAGAUAUCCAUGCAAGGAAGUGACACCUCUUGCGGUCACCGCAAGAGAGUAUAUCUUUGCAAACUUUGCCGAUGUGGCUGAAUCUCAAGAGUUUCUACAACUGGAAAGCACAGAAGUAGAGGAGUGGAUUUGCUGUGAUGAAAUAGUUGUGAGCUCAGAAGAAGUUGUCUUCAGGAUCAUUCUCAACUGGAUUGAACAAGAAAAGAGUGAGAGAAGAGGAAAAUUCUUGGAGUUAUUUCGUCACGUGAGACUGUCCUUUAUAUCGAUAGCCAAUCUAAACAAAUAUUUCAUAACUAACCAUUUCGUGAAAGUGAACUCAUGCUGUUUAAAGCGCGUUGAAGACGCUUUGAAAGGGAUUUUUCCUGUAAGCGAUGAUCGUCAGCAGUCUCCUAGAAACUGGAGCGAUUCACAUCUGGCCAUAUGCAACGGAGAAGAGACCUUGUGUUAUGACCCAGUAAAAGAAAAAUGGUACCAGCUGCCUGAUAUGUUAAGCCCAAACCACUGGUACUCGUCAACCUGCCCAACAAUAUUUCUAAUGACUUCCUUUCAAGGACAACUAUUUGUUUUAUUUCCGGGCCAUAAAAUUUAUAAUUAUGAUUCUUCCUCAAAUCGUUGGAUACCAAGACCGACAAUUGCAGACAUGCCACAGGCCGCGAAUAAAGUCGUCGUUGUGGGGAAAGAUAUCUUCAUUUUUCACACGGUCCAAUGUUAUAAUUAUAAUUAUUUCAUUUCUAAAUACGACCCUUCAUCAAAUGUGUGGAAUGUUGUCUCCUCAGGAGAGGAAACUGCUUUUAUAAACUAUGGAGCCUGUGCUGUGUCCAUGGGUGACUUCCUUUACGUUCUUGGCGGACUGAACAAACGCCAAGCUAAAAGAUUUGACACCGUGGAAAACAAAUGGGAGAGAAUCGCAGAUAUGAACGAGGAGAAAACUAGAGGUUGUGGUGCGGCAGCACAUGGAAAGAUCUUCGUUGCUGGUGGAGCUGUG